UUGACCAAGGACAUCAGCGUCUCUAUCAUUCAAGUAUACGCCCCCACCAGUGAUUGUUCCGACGAUCAAGAUGAGGACUUUUACGACUAUCUCGGCGAGCUCGUUCGGUCGCAGAAAAGCAGCUACAUAGUGGUAUCUGGUGAUUUUAACGCACGAGUUGGUGGAAGAAGAUCAGGGGUACGCUUUAUCGAACCAAACUGUGCUGAACAACGGAACGCCGCUGGAGAGAGGCUGGCGAACUUUUGCGAGAUACAUCACAUGUUUCAUGGUAACAGCCAGUUCGUAAAGAAAAGAUGGACUUACGAGUCCCCGAAUGGGCAAUACUACCACGAACUAGACCAUAUCCUGUGUAGCAGAAGAGCCAUCACAGAUGUCGGAGUAGCCCCAUCAUUCAAUACUGGAAGUGAUCAUCUACGCGCACGACUGCACUUCGAGCGAAGCCAUGUGCGCCUGUNCGCCAAGGAGACCCUAUCUCCCCAAACCUUUUCGCUGCAUGCCUCGAAUACACUAUACGUCACUGCGCAUGGGAUUCCAAAGGAAUCAAAAUCGACGGAAGGUAUUUAA